UUUGAUUUUGAAACCUGAAAAACCCUCGGCUGGUUCCCCUCUCUCGCAACGUUCCACAAUCUUUCUUUGGUCUUUCUGCCUCCCUUUUCCCGAGGAACCGGGCGCUUGCUCCGCCUCUCUCAGGUUUCAACUCUCAACCUCCAACCGUUGCUGAGAUGGGAGCCGCGGAGGCAGCGUCCUACGAGGAACUGCGGAGGAAGAGGCUCGAGGAGAACAAGAAGAAGCUGGAGCAGCUCAACCUUCCCCACCUCUCCCUCUCCCUCCGCAACGCGACGACUUCCCCUAAAACCUCCCCGGCUAAGCAGAUCAAGCGAAAGAUCUCUCAGGAUGGCACUCCUACUGUCUUACGCCGGUCUCUCAGGGUCGCUAACCUGCCUGAGGCUAACUAUCGGGAAGUGACUGCAGACGUUGUGGCGAGGCCAAGAAGGCUUUUUAAGCGCAGAGACUUAGAUAACAGAGUAUACGCUUCAGAUGAGGCCAGGGAGUAUGCCCAAACAAAGGCGGAGGAAGUUGAAGCUGGACUCGAUUCAAAGUUCCCUUCUUUUGUGAAGCCUAUGCUUCAAUCUCACACCACAGGUGGAUUUUGGCUGGGCCUUCCCAAUCAAUUUUGCAACAUGUACUUACCUAAAAAAGAUGCUACAAUUACUUUGAUAGAUGAAAAUGGAGAAGAACACGACACUACAUACCUUGCUCACAAAAAGGGAUUAAGUGCAGGAUGGAGAGGAUUUUCUAUAUAUCAUGAAUUGGUUGAUGGUGAUGCCUUGGUAUUCCAAUUGGCUGAGCCAACAACCUUCAAGGUCUAUAUAACUAGGGCAAGCGAAUAUGAUGGAAGCUGAUGCUGGUCUUGGGUUCUCCAAACAAGUGUUUUGAUGCUGAUGAUGUAGAACUGGGUAGGUGGACUUAUUGAACUGAAACAAGCCUAGCUCUGAUCUAUUUCAGAAUUAAGUAUUUAGGAGGUUCAAAACAGCUUUGUAACAGACAUUGAAACUUUUUAGAAACGUAUUUAAAUCGGCUUGAUUGUAUGCUUGAUACUGUCAGUUACUGCAAUUUCUUUCAGUUACGAUGA